AUGUUCCCUCGCACACCAAUCUUCUCACUCCUGCGCUCCGCAGCAAAGCCCGUGUCUGUGCCAGUUCCGGCGCGAUAUUUCUCGACCUCCCCGGCUCUUAAGGAUGCGGGCUCGACGCUGCCGGCUAAAAAGCCUGUUGGAGCUUUUCGCGGGGGGGUGCUGGGCUUUCUUGCUGGAUCUGUGACUGCCGGAACGCUUGUUUAUUAUUACAUCUUGCAAGAGUAUCGGACGGCUAAUGAGAUGCUGUCGGAGGACAUCUAUGCUCUCCAAUUGGCCACGCAACAGCUCCAGUCCUACGUUGUGGAGCUCGAAACCAAGGUGGACGGACUGCAGAAGAAGAAGUGAUUGUAUAACUAUUCGACUUUAAUUUAUCUCUUGUUUAUCUUCUGUCUUUUCUCGGGGGGGUUUUCUCUUCUGUUUGCCUGAGUUCACUGAGAUUUAACCAGCAGCGCUACUUUGUCUGCCUAUAUUCGCGAAUUAUUGAAGCGGUGAUAUUCCUGUUAUAUAACCAGUUCAAUGCUAGCGUAUUAAUUGAAUUGACAUCUCUAACCUGUCC